AUGGAGCACCGACAGCACCGGCUUGUCGCUCGCGCCGAGAUAAGGAGCACGGGAACGGCAGCGGAAGGUACCUUUGUGAAGACGCCGAUCAUUCUCUCGUCUGCGGUUGUCCCGCAAGCGUCGUCGUUUCCCGACGCGGCGGCCAUGUUCACGGCCCUCAUUGCACCGCCUGUUGCUUCCGGAUCGACCACACGCUCCACUGUCGUUCCUCUCGUCUCGCGAGUGGCGUCGAGCACGGCGUCGUGUGCGCCCAUCCCGAGCACGUCGCCGACCGACAGCGGCGAGUACUUUCCGUCGUCGCUCCCGUUUAUUGCGCUCGACCUCGAGACGUCGCUCACCACCCCGCUCACCCUCCAUCCGUCGGUUGUUGCCAAUUCGGUUGCCGCCGACAACUCGCUUGUCCGACUCACACUCGACGCUCCUGCAACGGACCCGGUGGACGUUUUCGUGAACGUGACUGCAACGACAACAUACGGCGUACUGCUGGGGUGCAGCCCCGGCGUGACGUCAAACACGACCGUGUCGACCGCUUUUUCGCCAAUGGCAGCGGCCGCAGGCGCUCACCUUUCCAUCGAUACGGCACGUGUGCCGGCCGCCAACACCACCGUCGUUCUCACAGCCGUCGUCGACCUGUACCCACGGCUGGCCAACAGGUCAACUGUCGCAACGCCGACACGCGUCGUCGUCAACACUACGCUUCACCUCGAGCCUGGUGCCCUCGUUGUCGACGCGCUGCCAAGCGCGUUGGGCGCGACGAGCGAUGGGGUCGUGUCGGCCACUGCAGUGUGGAAGGUGAUCGAGCCGCGAGCGUGGUCGAACCGGACGAGUCGGCAGCUCCAGUACGGACUCGGUGCCGCGUAUCUCCCACCGUCGCUCUACGGCGGGGCGCUUGCCGUCCCGAUCUCGCUUGCCGUCGAUGUCCCGCGCUACAUUCCCGGUCUCCCGAAGCGGCUCGGUCGCGAGAUCCCGCGGAUCCGCCAGCUCGUCGGCGCCACAUCGUAUUCGAUGGUGGCAGCGGCAGCGACGUCUGCGGGUUCUGCUUCCGGCGCGUACGGGAUUCUCGGGUUCAGCGCAGACGGAGUGAGCGCGUCGACAUCAGCCGCAGUCUCUUUGACGCUGCGGCUUCCGCCGGGAGCGACGCCUGAGAUGUGGCCAACAACUUCUGCUGCGGCAAGCGGAUCGCACUCGUCCAACGCCCGGUUUUAUGAUAUGUGGGAAUUGUCGUUCACGUCGGUGACGGCAAUUGCUGCAGCUGGUGUUGAGCUCGACAUUGCCACGGCCGGCGUCGACCCGCUCGACACGGUGCAGCUGCAGGCCGGCGUCGACGGCAACAUUGUGUCGCACGCUGCCCUGUUUGGCGCGGUAGCCAGCGCGACCACGCUCCGCCCGUCGGUCACUGGGCCGAGCUCGACUGUGGCAAUGGUGGAAAGCGCGCUUGUUCACAACACCACGCUGUGCUCGGCGUUCUCAGCUACACUCGCAGCGGUGGGCGAGGCUCUCGAGUCCGAGGUUUCGCUCCACACUCCGCUCCCAGGCAUCACGUCGUCCUUUGCCGCCCCCAUCAUCGAGACGGCGUCCAAGGCACUGGCAGCGCUAGCAGCAAGCACGUGCGCGUCUGGUGGGCACAUGACGGUGACCAAGCUGUGCAACUCGGUGAUGGCCGACGUGGCGCCGGGUGCCACGUGCAUGGGUGGCGGGAGAGCUACCCCAGAUACGAUCACCAUCCCGGUGGUCACGUCGCAUCCGUGGCGAGCCGACUCGAAGGAGACGCUGGCGCUCAACCCUGUCACAAUGUUCGACUCCGACAAAAUUGGCGUGGGUCUCUCAACAGCCGGUGCACUCGUAGCUGGUGUUAGCGUGUCUAUCGAGCUCGAGGUGGUGAUCUCUGGGCUGGGUGAGGGUGGGCCAGUGAUUGUGGCAUUGGCGUCUGGGUCCCAUGUGGUAGUCACGUUUGAGCUUGACGCGCAAGGUACGUUUGACGUCACGUUUGGGUCGCUCGACUUCCCGAUGGUCAACUCGAUCGUUGAAGUCGGGAAGCUGGGUGGAGGGAGUGGGGCGGCGAGAGCUGAGAUCGACCUCUCGACCACCGCACCACCGGCUGGCCGCGUAACCAUUGACGGUGCAGCGCUGAUCAAGGGCACGCUCGAACCUGCGCCCAACGUCGUGUGUGUGCUCGAAGUUUCGGUCCCGUCGCUCCACGCUUUCCUCAACGGCGCAGCGCCGGACACAAGUGUGACUGGUCCGUUGUGCACCAAUAAGGCCGAGCUCUGGAUGGCGCGGGACCCGGGCGCGUUGUUUGGAGCGCUCGAGCAGUUCUUGGCUGGGCUCACCUCGGAUUUGUUCAACAUUGGGGUGUGGGGUGGGGCGGACGUGGCGUUUUUGGGCAAGCUACCGUGGGAACUCAUCUCGGCUUUUUUUAACGACCUCAUGUCGGCCGACGUGGAAAAGCUGCUCAAGGUGGGCAUCUCGUCGAAGCUCGAUGCGCUGCUGGCCGAUGCAAAGCUGACGCUUGGUGACCUGGAUCAGCUCGGCCAGAUUGCGCUCGACAUCAUCACGGCUGUGCUCAACGACGUGUUCGAGCCGUACGGUCUCGUUCCCAUGGAACCACCUAACGUUCACGACAAGCAGUACGUGUGGCCAUUCCGGUUUGUGGACGUGAUCCGGCGCCAGUUGGUCGAGUCGGUGACCCAUCAGCUUGCGCACGGGCGGCCUGCAGUGGAGCUCGAGCUGGACUGCAACAUUAACCUGGUGGCUAACCUUACGUUGUCGUUCAACCUCAACGCGCGGAUGACACACGGGAUCAGCGUGACGUUCCCAGAAGAGGUGGUGGGACGAGGCGAGCUCAUGCUCGCACUUCCACCGUACCCAGCGGAAAGCUGUUCAGCAGUCGGGCGGUUUGGCGCAGGGUUUAUGGACAUUGUGAUGGACCCGCGAUACACCGGGUUUGGGGCGCAGGUCGAGGUCCUCCGGGCGCCGGCAACGGGUAGGUGGAGUUUGACUAUGGAGGCUGUGGGAGGGCUUGGUGGUGCGGGCAACAUCGGCGUUGCGUUUGGGGCAGCGGCGCACUCGAACAUUCCGCGCGUACUCAACCAGUACCCGCGGAUGGUGGGAACGUUUGUGAGCACGUUUGGGUUUUCAACGGGGAGUGGUGUUGUGACGACGGUCCCACACUCGUUCGAGGUCACGGGUUUCAAGUUUUGUCUCGGCUCGUACAUCGGCUCGCUCCUCGUCGGCGUCGUUGACAAGAUCGGGGCGUGGAUUGGGCCAAUUAAUGACCGGCUUGACAUCUUGCAGGAGAACAUCCCGAUUGCCGAGUUUCUUAUCGGGCAGCGAACCGACAUUCUCGACUUGCUUGUCGACGUGUGCUAUGCUGUCGAGUCGGACGCGCGGACGUGCGACGACCUGAAGAGCAUUGUGACAGUUGUCGAGCUGUACAUCCGGAUUGUCGACAUCCUGGCGGCUGUGAAGAAGCUGGGCACUGAAGGCAUGGAGGGAAUGUGCAACGACGACAACGGGAUGGUAAGUGGGACGCCGUUCUCGGUUGACUGGUCGACGGCUACUCCGGUUGCGGAAGGCGGAGUGGGAGAACGACUUGAAAUGGGAGAUCUUCACGGUGUGGUGUGCAGCUCGGUGACGAACUGGGGGCCAGGAGGAUCGUCGGUCAAGGCUGCAUGCCUCGAGGUGAUGGACUCAGUCGCGCUCUCGUUUCCGGCGCUCGAGGAUGGGAACUAUGGGCAGCUGUUCGUGGAGUUGGUAAUCGGGAACCCAGACGUGGUGCUUGUUCAGCUCGACAUUCCGUCGGUGGCGGCCAUGGGUGUGGUCGGUUGGCGGUUCCCGAUUUACGCGUUUCUAUUUGUUGACGUCGAGCUGGUGUGGGCCGUGUCGAUCGACACGGGUCCCAUUGUGCUCACGUCGGCCGGCCUCGUCGACGCAGUCAAGUACCACAAGCCGCUCCUCGUGCUCGAGGGCGUCGCCAUUGAGGCGCGAAACUCGGACGGCUCGCUUCACUACCCGCUCAAGGCCGCGAUCGGGAUUCGCGGCGGGCUGUUGUUUGACGUCUACUUUAUCCGGGCUGAAGCCUGGGUCGAGCUGCUGCUUGUCGGGCAAGUGCGAAUUGGAACGGUUAACGACGGUAAGUGGGUGACCGAAGGCGAGAUCAUGCGUCUGGUUGCCGCCGUCGGUGGCGAGUUCAAGAAGGUGUUCAUGGUGAGUCUCCAACUGGAAGGCGGGAUCGGUAUCUGGGUCAAGCUCUGCAUGUGGCGUCCGUUCCACACGCUCUGUUGGAACGUUGUUAACGUCGACGAAAUGUUUACGCUGUGGUCGGAGACGUGGGCGCCGCCGCCGCUAUCGCCGGUCAUGUCGUCAUCGGGGCUGCUCAACUUGGGUGCAGUGAUGGAGAGUGGGCCGAGCCGGAGUUGCAACGGCUGCGUAGUUUCUGCGGCGGCGUCGGGCCGGGCGCUCUUGUCCGUUUACGCUGACGCGUUUGGACGCGUGGCGGCGCUCGCUGGUGAGCCUGGGCUCAGUCCGGUCUCUGUCACCGGCGCGUACUUGGUGACGGCGCACCCGCUGGCAGUGUCGAGCACGGUGGGGUCGAGCAGUGCUGUGCCUGUGCCGACGACGUUUGAAGCGCACGCUGUGCCGCCAUUUAUCGAGGUUCCGCGCGGUGACGUGGCAAUUGAGGCCAACCAGGCCGAGUAUGCAACGUCGACGGCAUUCAACCUCAGCCCGUCUGGAUACAGACCGUUGUCGGCGGCGGGGCUAGGGUUUGGUGGGGCUGGCGCGUGCACCACGCUCGCAAUCUCGUCGCCGGUUGCGUUUGCGCCGCUCAACGUCGGCGGCAUUCCGUGCUCGACGUCGGUUUCGACGGUCCCGUUUUCGAACGUGGUCGUCAGUGGCGAUUGGGGCGUGUACAGCGGGCAGCCAGUUCAAGUGACCGGUUCAAUCCGGAACAUGACCAUGGCUGUGGCUGCGCCGCACAUCCACUUGUCGACGGAAGGGCUCACCGCGUCGGACGUGCUUGGUGGGGCAAGCGCUGACGCUAUGGCUGCCAACGUGUCACCAAAACUGAUGACGCUUAUGGUGGUGCCACCGUCGUUUGAGGUGUUGACGGUGGCGUCCAACCCGACGGACAGGACGGUGCGGGUGCUCGGGACGCUGUCGACGGCCAACACGUUUUUGUUCCCCGACUUUAUGGCGCUCGGCGGCGCUGUGAGUGUGGACGGGCGCGGAAGCACGGCGAUGGCGCAGAACCGGGCUAAUGUGUCCCUCUCGGCAGUUCCCGGCGAGGCGCUCACCGUCCUCCUGCGGGCCACGCUUAUCUCGUCGAAUGGAACCGUCUCGGGCACCCACCAUGUCGCCGUGGUCAACAUCCCAGUGAUGAAUCUCGACGUGACGGCCGGCGCAGGCGCGCGCGUGAACGUGUCGGUCAUGUCGGCGAUCCCAGACGCGACCCUCGUCGUCGCCGCUCGUGCCGAGGCUGGUGCGGUGGUUUCCACUGUUGUGCCUUCGUGCUCGUCGUCCGCGUCGAUCACGCUCGUGUUGUCGGGGCCGGGGACACACCACCUCACGUUCGGAUCGCAGAGCGUGAUAACUGGGCUCACGUGCCCAGUGAAGAUUGUGUGUGAGUCGGGAUGGCCCGGCGCGCCGCGGACGGCAGUGAUCACUGCAGGUGCCGACCCACGCGAGCUCCGGUUUGUGUUCUCUGGUGGAGUGGUGAGCGUGGACAACGUUGUGACUGGCGGCUCGCCAUUUGUGCUUGAGCUUGGUGGCGUCCCGGUGCUUGUUGUCGAGGCACCGGGGCGUGUGGAUGGGUCGGGCGCAGUUGUCGAGGUAGGGAAGACCGGCGGGACCGACAUAGCGUUUAUGUUUGCCAACAACGCGACGCUGAUGGAUUCUGGUGUCGCACGCGUGUAUGUCAACGACGGGUCUGUUUUUCUCGCCGGCGCAUUUUCGGCUGAGCUGUUUGGUGGGCGGCCGGGCUUUCCGCUACCAGCCAUGCCGCUCGCCGCGCUCGCAGCCCCGAUUUUCCUCGCUGUCACCGAUGGUGCAGUAUCGUCGCUGUCCGCAGAAGGUAGUAACGACUCGAACGCGCCGGAGUCACUGGGCUUUGCGUUUGGCACCUCGUGUGUGGCGCGGCUUGGGCCAGACGGCUCGCCUCUCCCGGUCGCCCCAGUCUCCGCACUCUUCGCUGCCGAGCUUGCAAUAUUGGGGUACUCGUACCGGUCGAAGUUGAACGGGUGUGCCGUUGGGUACGUCGGUGAGUUGACGUUCCACUUCGAUGCGGCCGGCGGGGGCAAGCGGACAGUGUUGGGCCAGGACGUUACAAGCGCCGGCGUCGUCAUGGCGCUGGGCAGCGGUGAGGUCACGCUCUCGUGGGCGAACACAUCGUCGUCGCUCCCCUCGUCGGUCACGACAACAACCGUACUCGAUGUGACGGCCAACCUCGGGCGGCCGCUGUCCGACAUGACGAUUGUCUCGCACAUGCCCGCCGCCGCCACAGUAUCGCUGUGGCUUGGGGACAACAGCUUGCCUCCGGUCGGCACUGCAGUCGUCGACUCGUGCACGGUUCUGUCGCCGACCGACGCCGCCGGAUCGCGCGUCAAUGUCUGCUUCGCACUCGGUGACGUCAUCGCGCUCAACCCCAGUACCAUCCCACCGUUCAACGCCUCGUUUGGUGUGUUUCAGCGUUUGUGA